AUGUCUAUUGCUCUAGCUUGCCUUCUGGAUGGAUUGAGAGAAAGAUUGGUUGGAACGCAGGAAAAGAGAAACAAGUCCCUAUGCUUGGAUGAAUCCAUGUAUUCUCUUUCAACGACAAGUGCACUGAAAUUGUUCAAUGAUGAGCUGACAAACAAAUCAGUUGAACAUAAUCAUAAUGCGAAGUCCAGUUCCCACACAGCUGAUCUGCAUGAUCAGAGGUCGGAUGGCAUUCUUUUGGAAAAUUACUACAAAGAGCUUCAGUCGCUUAUUCUUGAAUCUCCUGCACUCAAAAUGGAUUCAGAGAUACACCAGUAGAGGCUUUUAGCAAAGAAAUUAAAUGGUUUAUACUUAUUACUACAGAGGGAUAGGAGAAUUGGAGAGGAGUGGGGUUCAAACUGCCUUCAGCAGCCGUGUUAAUUUAUUUGAACUUGUAGAACUGGAGUCUAUUGUAGAGAAAUGUGAUUCACUCUAUCUUGAUUAAUUUUCAUAUUCACAAUUCACUACUGAUAAUUUAAAUUGAGAUCUUACAGCAAUUGUAGAACAGGGUGUUGGUUAAUGAUGAUUUUUCAGUUUCAUGUAUUUGGUUGGAUUGCUAACUGGUUGGGAAAAGUUUUAUGUAGUUGGGUAGUAUUGAUCCCAGAGGUGUUCUGUUUGCAUAGCAGAUUGCUUCUGUUUCAAAUUCUGUCUGGGGUGGAUAGAGAGGUCCUGGUGGUGGUGUGCUGUCAAUCUGGCAGGGUGAUGCUUCAGGAUCUGUCUGCUGUGAACCAAAGGGUGAUACCAGGAGCUGAACAGGCAUGGAGCUACACUCCCUCUCUG